AUGGGCCCAUCGCUGUUCGACGAACUUAGACGUCUUCGCGAAGACGUCGAUUGCUUGACGCAGCAACAAGUCUUAACAAAUGUAAGACACGCCGAAUUAGAGCGACGGCACACCGAAUCAGAGCGACGGCACACCGAAUCAGAGCGACGGCACACCGAAUCGGAGCGACGGCUUGAUGAAAUCAGGGCGGGACUUGACGCAGCUCAUGCAAGGAUCGACGGACACACAAGCUUGUUCCAGGCGGAGAGCGAAAGAUGGUUCAAUGUCAGGCAUAGGACAUUCCUAUUUUGGGCCAGGGACAAGAACGAGGCCACCCGAGGACAAAGGUGCCAAAUCGCGGAAUUCAACGUACUCGUGCACGGGCCAAUGAUUGCCAUGGACGCUCGAAUGUUCGAGGUCAAGGGGCUGAAGGAGUUUGCGUUGUUCGAGAGCCUCUACUCUUGCUCUGUUCCUAUGGCGCGCCGCCUUGCAACCGACGCCUUGGACCGCGUGCUCGACGUCUUGAACAACGCCGCGAACUACAAAAUGCUACGAGACGUGAAGGGCGAGGACAUGACGACCAGGCAGCAUGAAUUGUUUGCUGACAUUACGUCCUGCCUCCGAGAACUCAACCCGAAGGAGCCUAUACCAGCCGCAGAGGUUGAGAGAUUGAAUGACAUGUGUGACGCGUACGAGGGCGCUGUGGAGAUGGAAACUUGA